CGGGAAGGCCGGCCGUACAGAGUCCAGAUGCGACGGACUGUUAAUCUUUAACCGGGCGCCCUCUGCUGAGAGCCGGGUCCAGCCCACUUCGAGGACAACGCAGCGAGUGGCGAUCCAGACCCCUCUCCUUCCUCUGGCCGAGGCACCUCCUCCACAACCUCCCAGCGGCUCCCUGGACCAUGGCGGCCGCCUACAAGGCCGGAGGGGGUCCCCGCUUCACCGUGCGCCCGUUCCGGGCCGGCGACUCGCCGGAGGCCCGCAGGAUAUUCUCGGAGGGUAUGAUGGAUCUGCCUUGGCCGGCCUUCCGCGGGGCCCUGCGGUCGCCCGCCGCGCCCUGUCUCCUCCUGGCUGCCGGGGCCGCUGUCUACGGAGCCGGCUGGCCGCUGGCCUGGGCCGCUCUGACCGUCGCCGCGCUGCUAGCCCUUCUCUACAUGGUUUGCCGCCUGAUAUACGCCGGGUACGUGAAACAGCAGCUGGAGGCGGACAUGGCGGACAUUGAGGGGACGUACAUGGGGAGGCCGGGGGCGGGGUUCUGGGUGGUGGAGGAGGAGGGGGGAGGCGGUGGGCUGCGGGGCGUGGUGGCGGUGGAGGAGGCCGAGGGACAGCCGGGCUGCUGCCAGCUCCUCCGCCUCUCGGUCGACCGGCGAUGCCGAGGCCUGGGCCUGGGCGGCAGACUGACCCGCCGGGUGCUGGAGUUCGCCCGGGACAGCGGAUACCGGGAGUGUGUCCUGUACACCUCCACCGCCCAGCAGCCCGCCAUCCGGCUGUAUCUAGCCCAGGGCUUUCGGGUGACCAGGGACGCCGAUCCUAUGCCCGGACUGGCCCUGCUAUCCUGGGUCAUCAACAUCUAUGUGUGCGAGCUGAGGCUGGGGCUUCUGGACGCCGGUAAUUCCUACGAAGGGGCCCCAGUGACAGGGAGAGGGGGGCGUCAAUAAACGAAACGUCCCGACUGGGAACAAUCUCUGAGCUCAUUUCGUUGGGGAGGGGAGUCAUGUCAAUAAAGAAAACGUCCUGACUAGA